UGGGGAGAAGGUUCCGUAGAAUACAGGUACGGUCAUUCUCUGGUUGAAGACUGAAAGGCGAAGGAAGGCCAGGUAAUGAUGGUAAUUGGUAAAGUGAAAGCAAGGUAACGUGGCGAGACGAUUCGGAACCCCUCUCCUCUCUCCGUCCGGCCUCCUCCUCCUCCUCUUCCGUUCCUCCGUUCCUUUUCUACUGAUUUUCUUUUCUUUAAUAAAGGUCUCUCUCUAGUCGCAUAAUUCGGCAGAACCAGUGAUGAACGACCAUUCUCGUUCAGCAAGAUGCAUGGAUUCCCGACUGUCGAUGGCUUCAUGGACGUGAACGAAGGCUUAGCAGAAAUGAUAAAGUACGUGGCAAAUGAACCCUCGGUGGGCCUUUUCUACGUGCAACAGCACACCCAGAAUUCCGUGCCCAACCUUAUCAAUCUCAAGGAUAAGGUUGCAGAGAAGUCUCGGGAAACAACAUUGCACACUGAAGACUUGGAGGAUUCUAUCACGAUGGUGAGAUCAAUGAAAGAAUGUGGUCUGCCCAUUGCAGACGAGAUGGUCAAAGAUAUCAAGAAGUCUCUACUUAUCAUGUCAACAUCACAAUCACAAAGUGGGUUAAUCCAUAACCCAAAACUAGGUUUUCAGAUUGGUGUAAGAAGCUCUUGGGGACCAGUAGUCCAAAAGGAUGGAGCAAGUAGUCGCAGUUAUUUGUCCAGUGUACUGGAGUCAGCAAAACAGAGAGCUGUGGGUCUUAGAUGGCCCCAACUUGACUCCAGAGAACCAACAGGAAGAGAGUGUGAUAAAACUUUGUUCUCCGCUGACCCUCUGGUAUCAGUUGUAACUGCCGGUUCUGAUUUAACACAGCCAGAUAGAGAAACUGAGGAACUGUCCUUGUCAAAUCAAAUUGUAGACGACCAAGUUGAUGAGGCAACACCAGUUUCUGGAAGCUCACCUAGUCAGGAUUUAUUAGUAGAGCUGGAAACCGAAAAAUAUGAUGAGUUCAAAGCUGACAAAGAGGCCAAGCUAAAGGAAUGGCUGGAAGAAGUGGAUAACGUGCAUAGUUGCGUAAAACCUGUGCAAGAGCAGCAUUAACUUUGGCAACACAUGGGGCAGAAAACAUAACAGGUUGUAUUGCUGACGGACUGAGAAUAAAGUUGUACUUGAGAAGAAUUUUAUUUAAUGUAUGAAGCGUCUAGCCAGCUAGUUGGGUUUGUUUGUGUCAUUGUCGCUACAAAUUGUGUCCAGAACCUGAGAUAUUGUCAAAAAAUCAAUACAGAUAGCGGCAAAUGACCAGAUUUGCAUAGUUAUCAUUCUUUUAGAUAUAAUUACUAAUUUACCCAUUCUCAUGAUAACGUGGCAUUUCUAGAUAUUCUCUCCCCAACAGCUAAAAUUUUUCCCUUUUAGAUUAUACUUGUCAGGUCCAAGUUGUGCAUAUUUGGUUUCUUUUUCGCUAUCUCAUGUGGAGUAGAUGUUACUUGUUAGGCUAACUUUUUGCAUGCAUUCAUGCAUGAAUGUAGUUAAUGGAUUUGAAUCUUCCACUGUA